GAGUUACUGCUGCUACUUACAUCAAUCUAUUCAAAUAUAAUUUAUUUUUGUAUUAUUUUCAUCCGGAUAAAACCGAUUUCAACUGUGAUCACCUGUGGAGAGUUCAUGAUGGCAUCGAUGGUGUUUUUGGUGGCUCUUCUCUCGAUUGUUCUGGUGAACGGAUGCAGUGAGGAUGAAGACUCACCUGUCGACUGUUCUGACCUUAAAAAAGCAGGAGAAACUCUGAGUGGGGUUUACACCAUUCAUCCAGCCGGGGAAACUCCAGUCUGGGUUUACUGUCAGAUGGUUUCAGAUGGGAAAGAUGAAGAGAACGGAGGAUGGACGGUGUUUCAGAGGAGGAUGGACGGCAGUGUGAAUUUCUAUCGGCCGUGGAGAGACUACAAGAGAGGAUUCGGGAAUGUGGAGGGAGAAUACUGGCUGGGGCUGGAGAACCUCUACCAGCUGACACGACACAAGAAGUUCAUGCUGAGAGUGGAUCUGGAGGACUUUACUGGAAGGAAAGGUUUCGCUCAGUACUCGUCCUUCUCUGUGGGUUGUGAAACCGAUGGCUAUAAACUGCAGGUUUCUGGAUUCAAGGAUGGAGGAGCAGGCGACUCAAUGACCUACCACAAUGGAAUGAAGUUCAGCACCUUUGACAAGGACCAAGACAACUUUGACAAGAGCUGCGCCAGACUUUAUCUUGGGGCCUUUUGGUACAAUAACUGUCACCAUGCAAACCUUAAUGGUGUGUACUUGUGGGGAGAAGAUGCCACCAUUUUUGCCAUUGGAAAUGUUUGGUACGGCUGGAAGAGCAAUUAUGGGAUUGGUAUGAAAUCCAUCACCAUGAAGAUAAAGCAUGUGCCUUAAAUGUUUGAAGAAACUAACAACACAACGAUGACAUCAAGGUUCAAGGGUUUCCCUUUCUCUGUCAGUGAUGAAACGUAGUAAACUGUGUAGUAAAUCAAUCAUUGUUUUCUUCUAUUUUGGGUCACUUUAACCUGUUAGCCAGCACUCAAUUUUGGGGAUUUACACCUAGCUAACUUUAAAUAGCUUUAAAUUUACACCUAG